UAGAAAAUCUUGUGGUUGAAUUUCUCUACUUUUGAUGAAACAUCGACCUAGGAAGAUCAAAUUGAUAUAGAACUAUCCUUGUAUUGGGUAAAAGGUCGAAAAUUCUUGGCAUUCUUGUCUUGUUUUAUCCUGAAGUGAAGGAUGCACAGGCAUGCUAUGAUCUUUUAUUGCUGCAUUUGUGCAAGUUUUGCUCUUCAUCUUCUACCUUGUGUUAAAUGCUCAUCCAUCGAACUCAAGCCGGCCAGCGAUAAUAGCAUCAAACAUCAUCAGGAUUCUCAGAAGACAUUUUAUAUUGCAGUUCAUGGAAUUCUUUUAUGGGUUUCAAUGGGUUUUCUAAUGCCUGUUGGAAUACUUGUUAUCAGAAUGGCCAGUGCACAAGAAUUUCACAGAACUACACUUAAAGUCUUCUUCUAUCUUCAUGCAAUUGCCCAGGUGCUUUCGGUACUACUUGCUACUGCUGGAGCAGUUAUUUCAAUCAGAAGCUUUGAGAAUUCAUUCAACAACUGCCACCAAAGACUAGGAUUAGGACUUUAUGGUGCUAUUUAUGUGCAAAUCUUAACUGGAUUUCGCAGACCAAGGAGGGGAAGGAAAUCUAGAAGCGUUUGGUAUCUUUUCCAUUGGAUAAUGGGAACAGCAAUAUCUUUCGUUGGGGUUUUUAAUACCUACACUGGCUUAAAAGCGUAUCAUUCGAAAACAUCAAAGAGUACAAGCCUUUGGACUGCACUUUUCACGGCUCAGGUCCUUGUCAUGGCAUUCUUUUACCUCUUUCAAGACAAAUGGGAUUAUAUGAAAAAGCAAGGUGUUAUACUUGGCAAUGAACCUAUUACAACCUCCUCGGUUCAAAUAAUUACUCAGGGGGGAAAUGACAAGGACAGCUCAACAACAGAGCCAUGUAGGAAAAGCAACUCGCUUGGGACUUAUUUUUCAAGAAGCAAUGCUCUAAAUAAGCUGUUUCAGCUAACAUAAGUCAUUGCUUCACAUUUUGAUUCUUGCACUCUCUUAUGGUGUUAUGAUAAUGAAUUGAUUUUGAACUCAAAGUAUACUGUUAAACUAGAGUGCAAGCAUCAAAAUGAGGAACAUCCAUAAAUUUCUACUAUGAUUUGUUUCCUUUGUGCAGGACUAAUAGCUUGAUUAGUUACACAAAUCAUAGAAUGGAUGAGUUAUAGGGAAUGAGAUUGUUAGCAGAUGAUGCCCUACUUGUACAGAGCAAUCAAUCACAUGCUUGUUAAGAUCAGAUGGUAACUAAAUAAACAUGACCAUUUGGUUGUUUUUA